AUGGAGGGCUCGGAGAAGCUUCCAGUGGCCGGCGAGGCCCAAUACGAAACGGAAAGUUUUAUGACUGUCACCGGCGAAAAGACUCCAGGCGACGAAACACCCCGCGAUGCCAGCUCUAUCACCAAAGCUAAUGACUGGAGCAUGCUGUCCAAGCUCCAAGAGGAUAAUGACCGCAACCUGGCCGCCGGGUUUAAGAAGCAGGAGCUCGGUGUCACUUGGCAAGAUCUAUCCGUGCAGGUUAUCAGUUCGGAGGCUGCUGUCAAUGAGACCGUUCUCUCCCAAUUUAACAUUCCUACCAAGGUCAAAGAAAGUCGACAAAAGCCUCCUCUUCGGACGAUCCUCAACAAGAGUCAUGGCUGCGUGAAGCCUGGUGAGAUGCUGCUGGUGCUGGGCCGCCCCGGUGCUGGCUGUACUACCCUGUUGAAGAUGCUUGCGAACAGACGUGGAGGAUACAAGUCGGUGGACGGUGAUGUUCGAUUUGGCUCGAUGAAGCCUAAAGAGGCAGAAGCCUACCGGGGUCAAAUCGUCAUGAACACCGAGGAGGAGAUCUUCUUCCCAACUUUGACGGUUGGCCAAACUAUGGAUUUCGCUACCCGCCUCAAAGUCCCCUUCCAUCUACCUGACGGCAUGAGCGCCGUUGAGUACCAACAAGCCUCCAAGAAGUUCCUACUCGAAUCAGUGGGAAUCUCACACACCGAGAACACCAAGGUCGGCAACGAGUACGUUCGUGGAGUGAGUGGCGGUGAACGCAAGCGUGUCUCCAUCAUCGAAACAAUGGCCACCCGAGGAUCCGUUUUCUGCUGGGAUCAAUCGACCAGAGGUCUCGACGCCUCUACUGCCCUGGAAUGGACCAAAGCUAUCCGGGCUAUGACCGACACUCUCAACCUAGCCACCGUUGUCACCCUCUAUCAAGCCGGUAACGGAAUUUACGAUCUUUUCGACAAGGUCCUUGUUCUCGACGAAGGCGAGCAAAUCUAUUACGGACCCAGAGAGGAGGCCAGACCAUUCAUGGAGCAAGCAGGUUUUCAUUGUCUUGAGGGCUCCAACGUUGCAGACUAUCUCACUGGUGUCACUGUUCCUACCGAGCGAAAAAUCCGAGACGGUUUCGAGAGUCGAUUCCCGCGCAACGCUGAAGCUCUCAGAAGCGAAUACGAGAAGUCUCCGAUUCAUGCUCGAAUGGCCACAGAAUACUCCUACCCUGACUCCGAGCUCGCGCGUGAGCGUACCGAGGAGUUCAAACAGGGUGUCACUUACGAGACCAACAAGCACCUGCCAAAGAACAGCCCCUUCACUGUCGGGUUCGUCGAUCAAGUCAAGAUCUGCAUUCACCGUCAAUAUCAGAUCCUCUGGGGUGAUAAAGCUACAUUCUUCAUCAAACAGGCGGCCACAUUGGCUCAAGCCUUGAUUGCUGGUUCUCUGUUUUACAGUGCGCCGGACAACUCUGGCGGUCUCUUUGUCAAAUCCGGUGCCCUCUUCUUCUCCCUUCUUUACCAAUGCUUGCUGGCCAUGAGUGAAGUUACCGAAUCCUUCUCUGGCAGACCAGUUCUCGUCAAACAGAAGGGAUUCGCUUACUUCCAUCCUGCCGCAUUCUGUCUCGCCCAAAUCGCUGCGGAUAUUCCGGUCUUGCUUGUCCAGAUCUCCAUCUUCGGUCUUAUCGUCUACUUCAUGGUCGGACUCACUAUGUCCGCUUCGGCAUUCUUCUCUUACUGGAUCAUCAUCUUUACAACCACAAUGGCUAUGACCGCGCUAUUCCGUGCUAUCGGUGCUGUCUUUUCGACUUUCGAUGGUGCGUCUAAAGUGUCGGGUCUGAUGAUCAUGUGCACUGUUUUGUACAGUGGUUAUAUGAUUCCCAAGCCCGCCAUGCACCCUUGGCUCGGCUGGAUCUUCUGGAUUGAUCCGAUCUCUUAUGGAUUCGAGGCCUUGCUUAGUAUCGAGUUCCACGGCAAAGACGUCAUCCCUUGCGUUGGCAAUAACUUGAUCCCCACAGGUCCUGGCUAUGAGAACGUCGCGGCUCACCAAUCAUGCGCUGGUGUGAAGGGUGCCAUCCAAGGCCAAAACUUCGUCACUGGUGACAACUACUUGUCCGCGCUCUCAUACAGCCACUCCCACGUCUGGCGCAAUCUUGGUAUCAACUGGGCUUGGUGGGCGUUGUUCGUCUUCCUUACUAUCAUCGCUACUACCAGAUGGAAGUCUCCCUCUGAAACCGGCAACACUCUGGUUAUUCCCCGUGAAUAUCUACACAAGCACACUCAAAAGAGAACACACGAUGAAGAAGGUCAGGCCACUGAUAAGAAGGUCUCCGAGGGCAAGAGCGAGGAGCCUCAAAGCCUCGACAACCAGCUUGUUCGCAACACCUCUGUCUUCACGUGGAAGGAUCUCUCAUACACAGUCUCUACCCCCACCGGUGAUCGAUUGCUGCUCGACAAUGUGCAUGGAUGGGUGAAGCCCGGUAUGCUCGGUGCCCUGAUGGGUUCAUCUGGUGCCGGUAAAACCACUCUUCUCGAUGUUCUCGCCCAACGCAAAACCGAAGGAAGCAUCAAUGGUUCUAUCAUGGUUGACGGUCGCCCACUGCCUGUCUCCUUCCAACGCUCCGCCGGUUAUGUCGAACAACUCGACAUUCACGAACGCAUGGCGACUGUCCGCGAGUCUCUCGAAUUCUCUGCUUUGCUUCGUCAACCUGCCACCACCCCCCGCGCCGAGAAGCUUGCUUACGUCGACGUCAUCAUUGACCUCCUGGAACUCCAUGAUCUGGCCGAUACCAUGAUUGGAAGCGUCGGAGCCGGAUUGAGUGUCGAACAGCGAAAGCGUGUCACUAUCGGAGUCGAGCUCGUUUCCAAGCCCAGUAUCCUGAUUUUCCUCGAUGAGCCUACCAGUGGUCUGGAUGGCCAGAGUGCGUACAACACCGUUCGAUUCUUGCGCCGACUUGCAGAUGCAGGCCAGGCCGUCCUGGUCACUGUUCACCAGCCGUCCGCGCAACUGUUUGCCGAAUUCGAUCAGCUUCUUCUUCUGGCCAAGGGCGGAAAGACCGUCUACUUUGGACCCAUUGGAGAGAACUCCAAGAGUAUCAAGGGUUACUUCUCCCGCUACGGCGCGCCAUGCCCUGCUGAAACUAACCCUGCCGAACACAUGAUUGAUGUCGUGUCUGGCCAAUUGAGCCAGGGCAGAGAUUGGAAUGAGGUUUGGUUGCAGUCACCCGAGCACACCUCUAUGCGCAAGGAGCUUGACGAAAUCAUUGAAACUGCCGCCGCAAAGCCUGAAGCUACUUUCGACGAUGGUCGUGAGUUUGCCUGCACUCUGUGGGAGCAGGUCGUGCUUGUUUUGAAGCGUACUUCUACCGCCCUGUACCGAAACUCGGAUUACAUUAACAACAAAUUCGCCCUUCACAUUUCAUCUGGCCUAUUCGUCGGUUUCAGUUUCUGGAUGAUUGGCGAGUCGGUCGCCGAUCUUCAAAGUGUUCUCUUCUUCAUUUUCAAUGCUAUCUUCGUUGCCCCCGGUGUGAUUGCCCAGCUUCAGCCGACUUUCCUUGAGCGCCGAGACUUGUUCGAAGCUCGCGAGAAGAAGGCAAAGAUGUAUUCUUGGAAAGCAUUCACGAUUGCUUUGAUUGUCUCCGAGUUCCCUUACCUUGUUGUCUGCGCUGCCCUCUUCUUCAACUGCUGGUACUGGACCGCCGGUAUGGCUGUCGAUUCAAGCAAGAGUGGCAGCAUGUUCUUCGUCUUCUUCCUCUACGAGUUCCUCUACACUGGAAUUGGUCAAUUCGUCGCUGCGUAUGCCCCCAACGCAAACAUGGCCGCCAUGAUCAACCCUUUGAUUCUGGGUACAAUGAUCUCCUUCUGCGGUGUCUUGGUUCCCUACGCACAGAUCGUCAGCUUCUGGCGCUACUGGAUCUACUGGCUCAACCCCUUCAACUACCUCAUGGGCAGCAUGCUGGUAUUCGGACUAUUCGACCGCAACGUCCAAUGCACAGACCAGGAAUACGCCUUGUUCAGCCCGCCCAACGGAUCUACUUGCAUUGAAUAUCUCGGCGAUUACAUGCAGACCAUCGGUACCCGCAUGAACCUCGUCAACCCAGAGGCAACCUCCGACUGUCGUGUGUGUCAAUACACUCGCGGAUCGGACUACCUCGUCACUGUCAACCUCAAGGACUAUUACUAUGGUUGGAGAGACACUGGCAUUGUCGCUCUCUUCGUCAUCAGCUCUUAUGGAUUAGUCUUCGCUCUCAUGAAGCUGAGGACCAAGGCCUCCAAGAAGGCUGAGUGA